AUGUUCUUUGUCCAGUCCCUGGUGACGUGCAGCGCGCUCUUCUGGUUACUACACCGAGCAUGGCUGACCCUUUGGAAGCCCGUUCCCGAACUCAUCAGCAUUCUUGGUGUCGAGGUCCCAGAUACGCCCGAGGUCUCUCUUGCCGGCAUAACAAAGGGUUCAAUUACAGUUCAUCUGGAGCGACCGAAUGCGAAUAAACCUGUGCUGAAAUAUCUGAUUCAGGUCAAUGGGGUCAAUGUGGGAGAAUUACCUCAGAGGGAAACAGUAGUGAUCGAAGUCACUGGUCUCAAGCCGGGUCACUUUUACAAUGUUAGGGUUAUCGCGCUGGGAUCGAACAAUUUCCAAGCUGGCAGUCGGGUUAUACGCGCGCGUACUUACGGUCGAGAUGGUCACCCUCAACUGGAAAACGGGGCUGUGCCGUCGAAUGCUGUCGACGACGAGCAUCAGAGCGAUAGUGGAGAGGAAGAGCCUACACUGCGUACACAUGGUGCGGCCAUAGAGCUUGUAGUUGCGGAGGGGUCGCAGCCCAUGGUGCGAGAGUCGAGUCUUACUCAUCCCGGCCAGCGACGAAAUACUGGAGGUCGAAAGCAUUCCCCGUCGAAUCCAAUCACUGAUCACUCUGCGUUGGCAAAUAUCGCCUCGAACUAUACCCAUGAGUCGCUCUCUCAGUUGGAGGAAAAGUUUGAAGGCUUGCAAAAAGAGAUGGCAGAAAUAGGAGCACAGAUCGUGAAGGAUGCCGAAGAAUUCAAGGUGCACAGCCGAAACCUGGUUAAGGAACGAGACGAUAAUAGAAAGGUGCUGAAAGAGAAAGAAGAGGCGAGCGAGAAGCUGAAAAGGGAGGUCAACCACUCAGAGAGAGCCAAUAGACAAACGCAAACGCGAAAACAACAAAAAGAAAAGGUCUUGCGGGAAAAGCAAAACGAACGGGCUAAGAUGCAUACAGACCUAGAAAGAUGGAGAAAUGAAAUAGAGCAAAUGAAGGCUGAACGAGAAGAGUGGCAGAGAGAUAAACAGGACCUCCUCAACGACAAGGAGAAGAAAGCCGAGGAACUCCGUGAUGUCAUCCGAAAACGACAAAACUCGCUGCAUGGCCUAGAUCAAGAGGUCAAUCUGAAAGGAAAGCUGCUACUGGAGUUGGAGGAAGAGCGUAAGAAGCUUCAAGGCGACCACGAAGAUGACGAGUCUAGAGAGAGAGACGCCGCGACCAAACAGCGCGACGAUGAAUGGACAGCAAGAGAAUUAGAUCUGAGGCAGCAGCUCAAUGCUCAAGCCAUGCAUAUUCGACAGCUUGAGGGUCAAUUACAUUCUGCGCAAAUCACCUACAACGCCAUCAAUACUCGAAUCGCUAACAAUCCAAUUAUGUACCAUGCAAACUCCUCUGGAGUUGACUUUGACCCCGCAAGUCAAGGGAAAGCCAAAUCUCGUCGUAGUCGACAUCAUCGCAAGAGCGUACGCAAUGGAACUGCGUCUUCCCCGGGCUACGCGACGAGUAGCGAUCCGCCGUUUCCAAACACUCUCGCAUUCAGCAAUUCGACGAAUGUAAUGUCCCCUACUUAUUUUCCAGGUCCUUACAUAGACCUCAACGACACGGCAAUGGUGCCUUUGUCAGAAAAUAUGGCAAACAUGAGCGAGUCCGAAAUCCACUCACUCACCGCCGGUGCUCCUCUGAGCCCUGGUGCAACGUCGUUGCUCCCUUCCACCCUGUUCUCAGAUGAUGACCCUCCAAGCCCAAGGCUACCUUCUCUUCUUCCAUUUCAUGGAGCUAUUGGUCAACCUUCACAAGACAACGAUCCCCAAUCACCUUCUUCUUCAAGCCGAUCUGCAAGCUUGCUAUCUAGUCCACGAGAUUCGUCUCAUAACCUAGCAAUGUACGGAGUUGCAAGUCAUGAUUAUGUUGCUGAUCAGGACAAGAAACCAGUUAGAGCUCCUGGAGAAGCUUUUGGUGCUAUUGGAGGUCCAAGCUCCUCAGAUUCCACAUCUGUACAGAAAAUCAGUAGCUUUUUCUUCCCCAAAUCUCGUGCCAAGACAGACUCUCAACAAAGUCCUGCUUUGGGGAGUUUAAAAACAGGACAAAGCCAAUCAUUCCCGCGAUCAACAGAUGACCCAGAUACCAACAGCAGUAGACAUCGUCGUGUGAGCUUCUCUUCGGGUUGGCAUGUUCUCAAGGGGAUAAGCGGCAACGAUGCCGUUGAAGGCAAUGCUCCUGCACCUGCGCGAAAUUCGACUGCAAGACGACGCCGUCCAUUUAACAUGUUUGGUUCGAGUGUGGAUGAUCCAGCAAACUUUUCGGACCGCGAUCCUAGUAGUCCGCGCCCAGUGUCCAUUGCAUCUUCCGACCUGCCUCGACCAUCUACAGACAGUGCCCCUUUCGGUUGGCCAGCCGCUGAAGGUAGCAUCAUCAACCGGAACAGUCCACUGGCAACCAAUUGGUCUCACAACGCCACCACAACCACAACGUGGUCCAGAAAUCCCUCUAGAAGACCUAGCAUACAACAUGGCUCUACUUCUCUUUUCACGUCUGGUGUCGCCAGCGAUGAUGACGAGUUUCUGCCAUCAGAUUCUAUGCUGGGUCAGACCAGUCCUGCUGCAGUGGGUGUCAUUGGAACACGGCCGGCAUCAUCACAAAAACAAGUCACUCCCAGACUGAACCCUGCUGCGCCGACUUUCAAGGCAAUGUUCAGUUUCUCUUCCAGCAAAGACAAAGAUAAGGAUAGGUCCAAAGGCAAAGAACGCAGCAUUGAUAGCACUGCCUUCGAUGUAGCCAUUCCUCCAGUUUCAUCUCCUUCCGAGUCACGUAAAUCCAGAGAUACUCAUUCUGUCCACACCCAGAACAGCGUGGCCGAAUCGACCGAGAGCCUGGACCGAAUCUCGAGCAACACACCGUCUGAUGCGAAUCCAUCUGGGGCUACUAGCAAAGACAAGGAAAGCUCAAUCGCUCGACUCCUUCGGAAAGGUAGUUCAAGCAAGUUCAGUCUCUCGUCCAGACGCGGAGAAAAAGCAGGCUUGUUCGGUUCCAAAAAAGGUGUGAACAGUGCCGCAAACUCGGACCGCGAUGGAAGCAUGGAUCUUGGUGACGACACUCCUUUUGGCAAGAGUUUUGACAGUGUCACGAGCUCUCCUAUGUUGGGAGGCAUGGCAUCUGGGGAGUGGAAUAAAAAAGACGCGCAUCCGACUACGCCCAAGGAAGGUCGGAUGAGCGUUGCCUGGGGUAGACUUGGGAUUAAGAAGGGAAAGGGACGAGAGAGUUUGGAUGUUGAUCGGAGUGAAGCGGAGACUACUGAUACCGAUGAUAAAGACAAUUGA